AUGGCCAAUCCCGGAGGAUCAGACAAGGGCCUAUUGGAUCGCCUGAAUGCGCUCAAACCAUCAACCAUCAACCUAGGCAACAGCUCAAAGUCAGCAUCUGUACCAGCACUCGAGCCGGAUAAACCGGUCUCCAGGGAAGAAGGACUCUCAGACCGGUUGAAGAGUCUCCGAAGUCAAGUGGAAUCCUCUCCAUCGUUGACAACGGCUGCAGGCAAUGAAGCACAGCCACAUACCGUGGCAGGCACCAGCGACACACCGCUUCCAGCCACCACGGUAAAUCAAGGGUCGCUAGUCCCGAAAGACGAUGACAUAAGCCCAUUGUUGGACACUGACGACCAGACAUUGGAAGAGUUACUUGCUGACCUUGGCUCUGAUGAGCAAUGGCUAGAAGAGGUCGCCACUGAGUUUAGUCGGAGCAAAGACGAGCAACACCAAAAAGUGACGGCGCUCCUCGAAGAGCUUGGCGAUGCUUCGUGGCACGGCCGAGAAGAUGAUACUUCUGGAUAUCGGCAAAACCUAGAUGGUGUUCACAACGAUGAUCCAGGAGAUGAUUCUGAUGGCGAGCACAUGACGCGAGAAACCAAUGAUGUUCUGGCCCAGGCAAUGGAUGAGGCAGAAUGGGAGAAAGCGAACACUCCACAGGGCAGUGUUGCUGCUGCCAAAGUUCACAACCGACCAGGAAGUGGGGAAAUAAUUACAGGUAGAGUCAGCACAGAUUCUUUUGGCCUUCCAGCAGUCCCGACAGAGCUUCAGGACCAACCAGGAGUUCCAGGCAUAUCAGAGCAGGAUGCUGACUUCGAAGCGCAAAUCACUUCUCGAAUGGCUGCUCUGAAAGUAUGGGGCAAUACCGGUCGUUCUUUACCUUCGGCACCAAAUUCCGAGGUAGAUGAACUCGGGCUGCCUGUCGUGCCCACUUUUUCGCCAGAUGAUCAACCUCUUAAAGGUGUUUAUAAGCGUCACGGCUACACAGACGACGAUGCCAAGACAUGGUGUACAGUGUGCCUGGAGGACGGGGCUAUUCGAUGUUUUGGGUGUGAUGAUGAUAUAUAUUGCGCUAGGUGCUGGAAGGAGAUGCAUGUCGGCCCUAGCGCAGGUUAUGAAGAGCGAGGUCAUCGAUGGGAGAAGUUCAUUAAGGGCAGGUGA